UUGUUGUUUGUUUGGGUCUGUCGUUUCUAAUCCUAGUGCAAAUCUUCUCUUAAUCUUCUCUCUUUGGUGUUUUUCUAUCUUAGUAAACUGCUAUUUUAAGGGGAAUUUGUGCGCGACCAAAAUAACUCAAAGUACCAUCCUUUAUGAAGUGUUAAAUUAUUACAAUAUUGAAAGCCGAAUUCUCAAAUCCUUAUUCCUAGUUUUCCACUGCUUGUUUUCCUAGCCGACUCUGCGAUAAAACAAAUUAAAAAGUUGUUACGUGACGGCGGGAAGCCCCUUUUAUCUUGCAUCCCACAUUGUUGACCUUAAAAUUAACAUAAACGUUCACAAGGCAACCGGAACACGAGAAAUUUUGCUGUAUCAGUGCAAAGUCAGAGUUCAUUGUGUCUGUGUUUCGUCUAGUUCAGCCUGUUCUGGUGCAGAGUUCAUUCUUUUGUGUAAAAUUUUGGCACACAAGGAAUAAUAGCAAUGAAUUCUACUAACGCGAGUCAAGGAGGACCAGCUUCACUGAGUCCUCUAGAAACAACAACGUUCACUGUCCUGUACUGCGUGACGAUACUCCUGGCCCUGAUUGGAAAUGUACUUCUAAUCUUCAUUGUCACGCGAAAAGCUGACGUGAGGACACUCACCGCGUUUUUGUUUGUCAACAUGGCCGUCGCUGACUUGUUGGUGACAUUGAUUGUCAUGCCUGUGUCUGUUAAAUGGCUUUACACCGAUGGGAUUCAAAAUUGGCUGCCGGGCAUUCUAGGCCACGUGACUUGCACACUUGUGUAUUACUGUUCGUACGUCACUCUGGCGGCAUCCAUUUUUAGUCUCUCGAUUAUGUCAGUGGAUAGGUACCUGGGUGUGGUUUAUCCUCUCCGUCGUUUUUCAAGAUUUCGCCAAACGAAAGUCGUCACCGUGACAAUAUGGUUGAGUUCGAUGGUCUUUUCUAUUCCUGUCGCAAUGACAUGGAGACUUGAAGAGUUGAAGCCGUUGGAUAUAUAUACAUGCACGCCGAAUUUUCUAAUGCUUGGAAAAUUCGGGAUGAGGGGAUUUUAUAUGUAUCUCUUCCUCCUCAUGUAUCUGUUUCCACUCCUCUUGAUUUCUUCCUUGUAUAUCCUGGUUGGCCGCACGCUUUGGCUCCGAAACCUUCCGGGACGUCAACUUUCAAACCAAGGCCACCAACGAAACGAGAUGACCAAGCGAAAAGUUGUGCGUACGCUCGUCAUAAUCACCGCCAUCUUUGCUAUUUGUUGGCUCCCAGCCCAGUGUUACCAUCUCCUUUUAGCAUUCCGACCGGAUGUUUAUGACAAGAUUCCCCCGUAUGUGAUAGUCCUUGUCUUAUGGUUGGCACAUGCUAACAGCGCCGUCAACCCAUGGCUUUAUAUGAUCCUAAGUGAAAAUUUCCGCAAGGCCCUUUGUGACGUGGUGCGGAGAAACAGGCAUGCAAGAUACAGUUCCAGGUCCACUAGAGCCCAGUCUUCAACAAGGUACACCUCGUUUACAUGUCCCGGUCAAAGCAAUUCUGCAAGACCACAUCAAGAGAGCCGCAAACAAAAAAAUGGCUUACUUAAUGAAGAACAGGAAGAACUUUGUCGAGUAACGGUAUUGUGAAAUCCAGAUGGAUCGCAGAAUAAUUGAACCUUGACAUCUAUCUGAGCCAUAAGAGGGCAUCUGAUAUUUAAGGUGUUCCCCCUACCUACCCCCCUCGAGCAUACAGAACUGGGGAUGGAAGACUCCUAAAGCUUGUUUUAGAUUUUCUUCAGUGACACACUCGUCUAAGCUUUUACCUUGUGUGACACUUUUUUUUCUCACCGCGUUUUGAUGUCUCUGUAAGCUAUUAGUGAACAGAAAAGGAACAUAUUGUCAAAUGGCACAAGCUUAUGUAUGCUGAACUUAAUUGCAUGGUUUUGCCAGUUAUGUUAAAAUAAGGCUUUCUGUAUUUAAAUUGUGCCCCAAGGGGCAUGUUUGUACGAGACAAAAUACGGGCUUUUUUUCCCCUUAACAAAAUUGGCAAUAAAUUUCGGCCAAUUUUAAACAAAUACAUAAACUUGACAAUUCACUGAAAUAAGUUCAAUUUAUUCGUAAUUUUAAAUUUUGCGACCUGAUAUGCACGUCGCCCUGUAAUUUUCGUUCAGUGACGCUGGUCAGUCUGGGGUUGUGGCGCCACUGUUCGGUGUGCCUUUUCUUUCGAGAGAUCCGCCAGCGUCUUUGCGGGGUUGCCACAUUGUUGUGGCUUGUGGCGAAAGUUUUAACCCUACCUUUCCUGAAGAGAUUUUAAUCUUUGUUUGAACCUUAGUUUCAAUUAAACUCGUCACAUUUGUGGCCAUUUACCCCAAACGAUUCGUUUCUAUUGUCGUCUACCAAUCUCUCCAACGAACUAGUGCGAAGCCUUGCGGAGCUCUCGAUGUCUUAAUGUUUGCGAAUGACUCAAGAUAAAAAACAAACAUUACGCCUAUAACCGAAAGCAUAAUGUUAUUUUAUCGCGAGGCAUUUCCUAUUUCUUAUCAGUUUGCGGGUUGUGCUCUAAUCUGGUCACAAUGGAAGUCUCCUGUCCAAUGAAAAAUGGGCGCGUGUCAAAGUUAAGUACAAAACGUUGGUUAUCUCGUACACGCGGCCCCUUUCUACUAUUGCUAUCAUCGCAAGAAGAACUUUUCUGAAUUUUAGCAUUCAGACGUAUUUGUUCUUCUUCCCUCCACCUCCCCCGCGGUCACCAACCCGUAGACUGUCAACAUAUCUUAUGUAGUAUUUUACUUUAGUGUUUACUGGUGGCGAAAGUUUUAACCCCACCUUUCCUGAAGAGAUUUUAAUCUUUGUUUGUAACCUUAGUUUCAAUUAAACUCGUCAUAUUUGUGGCCAUUUAUCCCAAACGAUUCGUUUCUAUUGUCGUCUACCUAUCUCUUCAGCAAACUAGUGCGACGCCUUGCGGAGCUCUCGAUGUCUCAAUGUUUGCGAAUGACUCAAGAUAAAACAUAAACUUGACAAUUCACUGAAAUAAGUUCACUUUAUGAAUAAACAAAAGUCACUCUUGUGCUCGACACAAAAAGGAAAAUUGCCAAAAAAUUGUCCAAAUCUAUGGAGUUUUAGAAGGUUCCUCUGGGACCUGGACAAAAUCUUAUCAGAGAAUUUUCGUUUAGUCUUAACGCACAUAUUAAACUUAAUUAACCUAAGGGAAAAUAUUGGUGAGAAACCCAUACCGUUCGUUGAGAACUCGGGAACUUGUCAGGAUAAACCUAUCCGUGAGCCAUUAACUUUUCUAUUCUCAGAUCCAUCAGCAACGUAACAGGUGAAGGUAGUAAAAGUAUAUUUUUCUUUGCAUUUCCAUUAACCUGUCAGUAAGAAUUGGCUCGAUCGAUUGUAAAUAAAAUUGAUGGAAUUAAAACUGUGUUUGUUAAUUGGUGUUUUUCACUGAGGGCAGAAAGAAAGCUUUCGUCUCCCUUUUAUAUUUUCUGUCGCUUUAGGCGUUGCUGUUGUUGUCGGUUUUUUUUUUUCAAACUACAUAGAAACGUUUGUCUGUUUCGUCUUUACUCUCACGCCCCCUUCUAAGUGACGUCCCUUAAAUUGAGGUGUAUCCUAUUAACAUUGAAAACAACUAAACUUGAUUAUGGGCCGAACAGUAAAAACUGGUGCAUACUAUCGUGUAACUGAAUUUCGUAAAAAUGACUUCCCAGAAAACCAAGCCUAACUUUAAAACGUGAUCCCAAAAGUUAUUGCUUAUUAUCUUUAUACGUUAUCACUUCUUAAUUUUAUUUUAUUACGUACUGUGCUUCCUUUCAUUUGUCAAGCAGUGUUGCAUUUAAUAUCGCACUCCCCUACAGCUGUCUUCUGGAUCUGUCAUUACCAUUUUUUUUUUCUAAUUUUGCUAUUCGGAAAUUCACGCCAUCCGUUCCAUUAAAAGACGUAUAUAAUAUUUAUAUCUAUAUUUAGCCAAGCCUUAAACGAAGCUCCCAUAAAAUACUAAUGCAAAUCAUUGACAUUCAUAACCAUUUUACUCAAAACAAUAACCUUCAAAGAAAUUCACCCAUAAGCAUUUCACCAAACCGGCGUGUAGGACCUCCACUAUAUUUCAGGCAAGGCGACAUACAAAGAAGUCGACACUUUUCCUCUCUUUGCUUUACCUUGGGUAAGAUACCACUUUUAUUUCCGUCUCUUCGAUUUGCGUCGUUGAUCUAGAACUGUAUGAUAGUUUGCUAUUUCUAUGAAUUAGACGUGAGUUAUUUUAGGUUUCGAAAUGAUCAUGCUUGCAUUGAAGCUGAUAUUUCAGUGAACAUCCACUGGAUUAUGAACAAAUGUUGGUGAGGUUUUUCGCUAUAACCAGAAACCUCAAGGGCUCGCUACUGCUAAUGCUAUUGGCUGCGAAAGGAACAAGUGAAACAAUUCUUCUAAUACUUCUUUGGCUAAUUCUUAAUUGGAUUUUUUUGCAUUUUCUGCAUCAGCAUUACCUUUGUUUCCCAUAGUUUGGAUCGAGUCGAAUAUACAUUGGAAAUAUUGUUUUAUCCAGAAUUAUAAUCCAUCAAAUACGUUCGCCAGCACACGAUCAGUCUAAACGCGUCACGUGACUGAAUAUACCCCAGCUAAAACCAAGGAAUAUCCGAGUGAUAUUCCCAAAGUGCCGUUGAAGAAAAUACUCGAGGGACAAUAAACGUCAUAGCCCCCAUUUGAUUUUAAAAAAUCUGCUUGGAUAUUUGUCCUUGAAAAUCAGUGUAUCUGUUCAUUGAAGCUCACAGUUUAAUGUCCGCGGAAAAAUAUCCGAUAAUAUUUUCGCACCAAAUUUGUGAUCUAUGUGCUAUUGGCUGGUAAAGGUGGAGGUAAAACUAUUCUUUACAUACUUCCUUGGAUAAAUCUUUGCAUUUUUCGUAUUUUCUGCCUCAACUUUAUCCACCUUUUUCCCGUAGUUUGAACUGAGUUGAGAUAUGAAAUCGAGACUUUGUUACUAUGCGGCUGGGCUCUACACGGGUGAAAUAUCAAAACCUAUUUUAAGCCGUGAAGGAAGCGAUUGCGAUCUACUUCAAAGUCUAUUAAUUCAAAAAAAGAUGACGUACUUUGCCUUAAAAUUUCAUGCACAACGAGCGGCUGACGCAUUCAUGCAGUCACAUUAAUUUGUCAACACACGUAACAAAUAUCACAGCCUGAACAGUUUGGUUGGUGCUUUCUACAUCAUGAAAUUGCACUUACACGUUUUAUUAGCGAAAUUUAACACUCACACUGUGCGGUCUGUGGGAAAAAUAUACAUACAAAAAACUCAUAUAAGAAGCAAAAGGAAGAUAAAAAUUUCAUACCAAUGAAUAACAAGUGAGAUAUUCUGCCAGUAUAUUUUCACAUGCGAUAAUUUAUUUGAACGAAGAACCAGCUGUAUGUGACUCUUCGGCAUAUUAACUUGUCAUUAAAAUUUGCCACCCACUUUACCGGUAAUAAAUUGCACUCUAAAGGAAAUGAUUUUGGAAGUGAAACGUCGCCAUUAUUAUUGAAUUUCGGUCAGGGAGUUAAAGGUUCUUAGUUGUUAGCGAACAAACUGUCAUAAACGUUCAAAGUUAAAAACAAUAUUUAUCCUUACUAAUACAAUCAAGUUAUUUCUAUCCUGCCUUUCACGUUGUACUUAAAAAAGGUAAUAAGACAGUUGACCUAUAUUGCCAACCCAGAUACGAUAUUGAUUGUCCUCUGAUCGAGUGCAAAUGUGAGACUUCAAAUGUAUUUUUCAAACACGCUUAUUGAAGAGGAAUCACGUGAUCAGAUGGUGUACUCUGAACUGAAGCUCAUCACGUGUUCCAUGAAAACACACACGCGUGCCCUGUAUUACAAUUUAUGUUUAUAAAAAUAUCGACUUGCAGUUUUUCAAUUAAGUGGUCUGAAGGUGGUGAGAAAUUUCAGAACUGCGUGUCACCUAAUCCUGGACUUUACCGAUUCUCUGCAGGUUACUGAGAUAAGUAUUCAACGACCUUACAGAGGAAACCCGUCGUG